AGGCUUCGCAACUUGACCGUAAGCACGGCUCCAUCACCGCAGUCGACGGCUGUGUGUUUCCGUCCACAGGCGUGACACCUCAAAGUGGUUCGCAAAGCUCGAAUUAUUCGCUCUUCGACCCCAUACUAGCGCCUCGGUCAAAAUUUCGAGCUCCUUGACUUGUCGCUAGCUGAGCCAGGUCGAUCGCCUGGCGUAGCCUGAACGUACACCGGAGGCGGAACCGAAUACAAAAGAGCAUUGGGAAUCAGCGUUGUCAUAAACUACCUCGCCAGGUAGGCCGCGUUCAGCACCGGCAAGGCCACGAUGCAUUCCUUUUUUUGAUUCGACACACUCUCAAUAGACAAUGGAGACAGAAACAGGGCGCCAUCGCCGCCCUAGGUACGUGGGCGAGGACACCAGCGCAACGACGCAGCGUGAGCUUCGCGGAUGGUACUCAUACGCCGUCGCGGCCGAAGUCUUCGCCGUUGUCGGCCUCGGAUCAUUCUUACCUAUCACGCUCGAGCAGCUCGCCCGGGAGAAUGGUGUUCUAAAGAGCGACAGAGUGACGAGCUGUGUGGCUGGCACAUCGAGCAACGUUGCUCCUGCCGCGGCAGCGGCAGCGAAGAGGGCCGAUCAACAAGACGCUCCAUGUGUCGUCAAUGUCCUAGGCGCGUUUGUCAACACAUCCAGCUUUGUGCUCUACACGUCGUCGCUGGCCGUCGGCGUGCAGGCGCUCGUGCUCAUCUCCAUCAGCGCCAUAGCAGACCACGGUGCGUGCACGCUCACCCAGCGCUUAACCGGGGAAAACGCAAGAAGGAAGGAUGUGCGGGCAUCGCUGACGUGCUGGUUGCGACAGGAAACUACAGGAAGCGCUUCCUGCUGACGCUCGCCUGGACUGGCGCCACGGCCUCCAUGCUGUUCAUCUUCGUCUCGCCAGGCGUCUAUCUAUUCGCCCCGCUCCUCGUCAUCCUUGCCGUCUGCUGUCUCGGAAACAGCUUCGCCCUGCUCAACUCCUUUCUUCCCCUUCUCGUCGCUAACCACCCGUCGUCCCCGGCCACGGCCUCCGACCCCGCUCUCGACCGGAGCUGGCUGCCGGUCGCGCCAUCCGAGCUCGAACCUCCAGUGGUCGUCCUGGCCGCGGAUCACAGUUUACCUCUGGCAAACGCCAUAUCCGCACGCGCGACUGCUGCCGGCUAUGCGGCUGCCGUCCUCGUUCAGGUCGUAUCUAUUGGCAUGCUCGUCCUCAUGGCGAAGCUUGGGCUGAAUGGCUCGCCGUCGCUGCCCAUGCGCUCCGUGCUUUUUCUCGUCGGCGCCUGGUGGGCGCUCUUCAGCAUCCCCACGUACCUGUGGCUCCGUCCGCGCCCCGGGCCCCGUCUGGCCUCCGUCCCCAUCACCACCAGGCGCUGGCUGCAGCCCGCGCACUACGUCGCCUUCGCCUGGCGCUCCCUGUUCCGCACCUUCCGAUCCGCACUCCGUCUCAGGCACGUCCGUCUUUUCCUGCUCGCCUGGUUCCUUGUGUCCGACGCGGUGGCCACAAUCUCCAACGUCGCCAUCCUCUUCGCCCGCACGGAGCUACACAUGUCCACCCCGGCCAUCGCGCUCGUCAGCAUCACCGCCACCGUCUCCGGCAUCGCAGGCGCUGCGCUGUGGCCCAAGAUCCAGACACGCCUCGGUCUCGCCACGAAUCACACCAUCAUGGUGUGCAUCUGCAUGUUCGAGAUCAUCCCCCUGUACGGCUUACUCGGGUUCGUACUGCCCGUGCUCGGCUUGCGCCAGCCCUGGGAGAUCUUCCCCAUGGCCUUCGUCCACGGCUUCGCCAUGGGCGGCAUCUCCAGCUUCUGCCGCGCCUUUUACGGCGUCCUCGUCCCGCCCGGCAGCGAGGUGGCCUUCUACGCCAUCUACGCCGUCACAGACAAAGGCAGCAGCGUCAUCGGGCCCGCCAUCGUCGGUCGCAUCGUCGACGCCACCGGCAGUGUGCGAAUGGGCUUCUGGUUCCUAGCCGUCCUUAUCGUGCUGCCGCUGCCGCUGGUCUUUUGGGUGGACGCAGAGUCUGGGAGGCAGGACGCCCUCAGGAUGGCGAGGGCCGCGGACAAGGGCGACACGGACGACGGAGAGGAAGCGGUGGCGCUGACGCGGGGACCGGGAAGAUCCACGGAUGAAGAUGAGGACGAGACGUUCGGACUUGCAGACAGCGACGACGAUCUGGAACAUAUACCCAACAGAUGAUUUUUUUUACAGUCUUUACUUAUCCCGGGCUAGCCUAGUGCCCCCUCUUCCCAUCUGUAUGCAUAUACGUACAUACACACGCACAAAUAUUUAUACAUACA